AGAGCAACAGGGAGAGGGAGAGAGAAGAGCACAGUCAGACACAGAAAAGACAAGGAGGGAAGAGAAGAGAGGAACACAGACACUUGGAACUGGUAGAUUAAAAAAGAAACUUUCCCCUGGAUAAGAGAUCUAAAAACUCAGCAGAGGAAGCAACAAUAGGAUGGGCUCUUCCUCCAUUGUGCUGGGGACGGGAGAGGAGUGCUAAUGGAAACCACACAAAGAGAUCAGAGCGGUGUCAUUUCUGGGCUGCCUAAAGAUAUCUCACUGAAGGCAGCAACGGAAACUGACAGCGCCUGCAACUCCUGUCUGCACAUGUGUGGCUGCUGUGGGUCUGUGGCCACAGUCUCUGGUUAAGUCCUUCUGAAGUCCUGGUCUUGGGGCUCUAGUGUGAGUCUCCUGCUGCUCUAAGGUCCAGGUGGGCUUCUCUACCCAUGGAAAGAGAAUUUAACAUUGGCUUUAGGAAACUCUUGCAGGAUACCAAAAUCAUAGCUUUAGAACUGGAAGGGAUCUUUGGGAUCAACAAGCCUAUCCUCCUCACUUUACAAGUGAGGAAACUGAGGCACAGAGCUAUUAAGUGACUUUCCCUGGACUCAUGGCACCAACACUCUACCCCUUUCUUUAAGUUAUAAGAUCAAAAAAUCAUAGCACCAGAGCUCAAAGGAAUUUUUAAAGGGUCCAACUCCUUCAUUUUACAGAUAAAGAAAUGAAAGCUCAGAGGCCAUAUUCCCAAGGUUAACUAGUAAUUAGUAGAGCCAGGACUUAAAUCCAUGAUCUUUUCUUUGACAGAACCUUAGUUUGAAUACUAGAUUUUGUUAUCUUGAACCAUAAGCAAGUUCCUUUCCCUCCCUGGGCCUUGGUUUCCUUCCCUGUAAAAUGUGGGGAUUGGACCAGAUGACCUCUGAAAUCUCAUCUACUUCUAAAUCUAUAACCUUGUGAUCCUAUAAAUUCAGUUCACCACCCUGCGCCUCACAGCUUCCUCAUCUGCAAAAUGAGGUUUGAUUCAAUGGUGCUAUAGUCUCUUUAAUUCUAAUUCUAUGACCCUGCGCUUCUUUGACCUUAUCAUCCUAUGUCCUAAGUCCAGUCCUCCUCAUACCAUACCACAUAGCCUCCCAGUUAAUAGUGGCAGCACAGAAGAUUAGGAAGCAAAUAUAGCCUUCCUUAGUGGCUUGCUCUCUACAGCCUACCACUCUACUUUCAAUUCAGGCUGAUCACAAUGAAACUGUAUUCCCAGAGAAGAUUAAAACUAUUUGUUGGAAUUUCCUUAUCUGUCUUCUUCUCCACCUUAAAAAUCCCUUUCCUUUUGUCCAGUCCCUCAUCUAUCCCAGAAGUCUCUGGUAAAAUCAUGUUUCUCCUCUUCUCUGAAGCUCACCUCCACCUAUACUCUGUGUACCAUUUCAUCAUCUCUUCCCUUCCCAUCUCCUUCUAUUCCAUCCCAUCUCCUUCCAUCCCAUCCCAUCCCAUCUCAUCCUAUACCAUCCCAUCUCAUCCUAUCUUAUCCUAUCCCAUAUCAUCCCAUAUCCUCCCAUCUCAUCUCCUUCCAUCCAUACCAUACCAUCCUAUCUCAUCCUAUCUCAUCCCAUCCCAUCUCUUCCCAUCCCAUCUCUUUCCAUCCCAUCCCAACCCAUCUCAUUCUAUACCAUCCCAUCUCAUCCUAUCUUAUCCCAUCCCAUCUCAUCCCAUCUCCUCCCAUCUCAUCUCCUUCCAUCCCAUCCCAUCCCAUCCCAUCCUAUCUCAUCCUAUCUCAUUCCAUCCCAUCCCAUCUCAUCUCCUUCCAUCCUAUCCCAUUCUAUCUCAUCCUAUCUCAUCCCAUCCCAUCUCUUCCCAUCCCAUCUCCUUCCAUCCCAUCCCAACCCAUCUCAUUCUAUACCAUUCCAUCUCAUCCUAUCUUAUCCCAUCCCAUCUCAUCUCAUCUCCUUCCAUCCCAUCCCAUCCCAUCCCAUCCCAUCCUAUCUCAUCCUAUCUCAUUCCAUCCCAUCCCAUCUCAUCUCCUUCCAUCCCAUCCCAACCCAUCUCAUUCUAUACCAUUCCAUCUCAUCCUAUCUUAUCCCAUCCCAUCUCAUCUCAUCUCCUUCCAUCCCAUCCCAUCCCAUCCUAUCUCAUCCUAUCUCAUCCCAUCCCAUCUCUUCCCAUCCCAUCUCCUCCCAUUCCAUCCGAACCCAUCUCAUUCUAUACCAUCCCAUCUCAUCCUAUCUUAUCCCAUCCCAUCUCCUCCCAUCUCAUCUCCUUCCAUCCCAUCCCAUCCUAUCUCAUCCUAUCUCAUUCCAUCCUAUCUCUUCCCAUCCCAUCUCCUUCCAUCCCAUCCCAUUCCAUCUCAUCUUUCCCUUUCCCCUCCCUGUUAUUGCUAUUAUUACUAACAACAAAAAUACUUAUAUGGUAAAAAAAAAUUAUCCCUGCCCACACUGACCUUACAGCCCAGUAAAGAUAAGAUGCUUAUAGUUUAACCAAGUCUAACCAGGGUAAUACUAGAGAUCACAUCUGGAGCACUGAAUUAAAUUCCUUCAACAAGCAUUUAUUAAGCACUUACUAUGUACAGCUAGACAGCUCAGUGGAUAGAUCUCUGGGCCUGCAUUCAGCAAGACUUGAGUUCUAAUCCAGUCUGAUAUUCACUAGCUCUGUGACCCUGCAUAAGUCAUUUAACCUCCAUCUGCCUUAAUUUACUGGAGAAGGAAAUGGCAAACCUCUCUAGUAUCUUUGCCAAGAAAACCCCAUACAAGGUCACAAAGAAUCAGACAUGACUGAACAACAUUGUACCGGAGGAGAAGGUAACCGAGAUCUGGAGGACAGAGCUGCCUCAGAAUCCAAGUUCCACCACUGCCACAUGCUGGCUGUGUGAGGCUCUGUACAAGUCUUAGUGACCCACAAUACUCUCUAAGAUUAGAUUGGCCAUGGUGGAAAGACUUUCCUCCCUGGGAGUUCCCCUGGAGCAAUGAAAUCUCAGGCCCAUUUCAAGAUCUUCCAAAAACUGUAUUAGGACUUUGGCAUACAAAGGCAAAAGUUCUGCAAAGCACAGCAUGGGAUGGAAAUGGACUGACUGCAGUGACCAGAAUGGGCCAGAGACCCUGCCGUACAAAAAUCACUUGGAGGAACCAGGGUUAUUUAGUCUAGAGUAGGGGGGCAAAGGGGCAGGGAGACAGGUGGAAGAGACUUGUUCUGCUUAGCCCUGGAAGCUAGAAUUAGGAGCAGAGGGCAGCCCUAGGCUUGAUGGAAACAUUCUGAACAAUCCAGGCUGGCCCAAGGGACAAGGAGCUGCCUUGGAGGCAGCAGAGUCCUCCCUCCAUCAAACACUGGGUGAGGGAACAUCCUGAGAGGCAGAAGUACCAGCACCAGGGACAGAAAGCUGGACAGAUGCCCCUCUGAUGCCCUGAUCAGCUUGAGAAGAAGGGAAAGGUACAUUUACUAUGGCAAAUCAUGGGAUCAUAGGAAAAGAACUGGGAAAAGAACUUCAAAGGCCAUCUAUGUCAAUGUCCUUCGUUUUACAAACAAGGAGAACCAUAGAGAUUCCAGGAUUCCAUAGGAUUCCAUAGGCCUUGAGCUAGACCAACCCUUCCUCCUGCUUUUACAAAUAAGGAAACUGAGGCACAGGGAGGUACAGUGACAUCAUGGAAUUAAAUGGGCCUUGAACUAAAUGGGCCCUCCAAAGUCUAGUCAUUUUACAUUUAUGUUAUUUACAUUUACAUUAUUAAUUUACAUGCAUACAAUUGUAUAUAAAUUACAAUGUACAUAUAUUUACAUUUUAUAAAGAGGAAUCUAGGACCCAGAAAGGUUAAGUAACUUGUCUAAGGCCACACAGUCUGUAAUAAAAGUCAGAGCUGAGAUUUGAAUCUAGAUCCUGCAACUCAAAAUCCAGCACUUAGGAAGUCAAACCCUAGAACAUGCUGUAUUACUUCUCUCUCUGGUCUUUGACAAUGAAGCAAGUCCUUAGAGGAUACUGAAUUUGUGAAAAGGUGUUAUCAUUGACUUUAAUUGAGCAUUUCAACUGUUCAUCACUUCAAAUCUCUAUGAUCCUUUUGGGUUUAUUGAUAAUGUACCAACCAGACAGAAAAGGAAAAUGACAAACGCUGGAGGGGAUGUGGGAAAAUAGGGACACUAAUGCAUUGUUGGUGGAGCUGUAAACUGGUGGGACCACUCUUUACACCCAAAGGGUAAAUCCCAGGAAGCUUGGGAGGAGUCAGAGAAGACCCUUGAGAAAGCAGAGCGAAUGGAUUAGAAGUCAGGAGCCCUGAGCCAGAAUCAUAUGUCUUCCUCUUACCAUCUAUGGAGAGCCUGUGCUCAUCACUUGCCCUCUAUGGACCUCAAGCUCCUCUUUUAUUAUAAGAUGAGCAAUUUGGCCUGGACCAUCAUCUCUAAAAUCCUAUGUGUUCUUUUUUUUUUUUUAACCCUUCCCUUCCAUAUUGGAAUCCAUACUGUGUACUGGUUCCAAGGCAGAAGAGCAGUCAAGGUUGGGCAAUGGGGGUUAAGGGACCUCUGGUCUCUAGGUCUGGUCCUCAAUACAUUCAGUCACUUUGCUGCCUCUAAACCCUGAUGCUCUUUGUUCCAAGGAUCCUCCCAGGACCAAGAUUCUCUGACACUCUCCAACCUAAAGAUCCUCCCUAUGACAUUCGUCAUGGUGAGGGCCCUCCAGGCUCUGACAUACUUGUUCUUCUGUUCUGAGCCCCUUUCCCAGCUCCGUUCUCAGGGCUCUCCCAGCCUGGAUGGUCUUUAGCCGGAUGACCAUGGGUCACUCAGUGACACAGCCAGGGGCUUCCUGACAGGCCUGCCUCUAAGGGGGUCAUUCAAGGCUCCAUUGUGGCAUUGGAGACGUGUAAGGUGGCUCCUAUGGAAGCACCCGACAGCCCUGUCACCCUCCCAAUGCUGGGAGAGCAUCGUGGGAGUAAGGAACCGUCCCAGCAUCAGAGAGGCACACGCUACAAACACAGUGGACCCCCUGAACUGGAGAAUCUUUGGAGAUUUUUUCAAGAUCUGUCUAUGAUUUCAUAAAUGCUGGACUUGGAUCAUGAAAGAGCAGGAUCCCUAAACCCGCUUGAAAUUUGUCCUACAGACAUGAGGUCAGCAACACGAGCUCCAUCUUCCAAGACAAGCACAGCAAUAUCAUUGGCAGAGCCUGUCUAGACCUCAGUUUCUUCAGUUGUAAAAUGGGGAGAUGCUGAGUAGCCUCAGAAUAGCUUAGAAUACAAGCCAUCAUGGAGAGGUCCGACCAUUGGUGGCAUCCAUUUCUGAAACAUCCUCACCAGAUUUUGCCCAUAUGAAACUUGAGUGUCUUCUCCUUGGAGACAGCAGGGAAUGCUUUAAACUAGCAGCAAUUGGACCCAUGGGCCAUCUCGAGUGGCAGCAAAAGUCAGGUUGAAUCAAAGCAUCCUUACAGAUACGCUAAAUCCAACCUGAUCGCCCCUGCCUCCCCCCCAAGCAGAGGGCUGUCCCAGUCACUCCCAUAAUUCCCUAAAAGCUCCUAGAGGAUUCCUGUGAUGGGCGCCCUAGUGUGCACCACCCACCUUCCUGUUGGCCUUUUUUAGGAUGGGACUGUUUGGUGCUGACAAAAUAUUUUUUCCUGUGUGGGAAAGAUAACACAUUGUGAGACAUGAAGAGAGCAUUCGCCAGAGAUACUUAAAGCCUCAGAGUACUUCCCCUUCACUGAGCACUCUCCCCUUUUCUGGACACCCACCAGGACGGUUACUCAGUCCAGGACAGAAUCAGAGUCUUCAACAGAACAAAGGCUGGUUUGUGGGGCUCAUGGGGCUCAGCCAGCCCCUCCUCUCCCCUCUGGACUGUACCCCGUCCCCUCUGGGAUUCCCACACCCCCAGACUCUCACAGCACAGACCAUCAUUGGACCAAGUUCAAUCUUGGGGAAGGAACUGUCUGGUUUCUCAUCAAAAUUCUGGCUUUGUGACCCAGCCUAAUCUGUUUGAAUGAAUGAGGCAGCUUCAACGUGGCAGAAAGAGCCCUCGCUGGCUUGGCAUCAAAUAUCUCUCAUAAAAAUCUCCUAUCCACGUCUGAUAUCCAAGGUACACAGGUAAUUGGCACAAAUAUAUGAGACCAAGAGCCAGCCAUUCCCCAGUGGACAAGUGCAGGGUCAAAGAAUAUAAACAGCUUUCAGCAGGAGAAAUGAAGCUAUCAAUAGUUAUAGGAAAAUGAUGUUCAGAAGAUGGGGGAGUGCAGGCAGGGACCCAGGGAAACUCUCCCAUCAUUCCCCUCCAAACAACUUAAAAUAAUGCCUCAAACCAAAUUUUGGAGCAGCACGGUCAACCAAAGGUCCGAGAGAGGCUUUUUUCCAACCCAAGAUAACUUAAGAGGUCAGCAGGAGAAGUCUGGAACACCGGGGCGGACACAGCCUGGAGCAGGGCAAGAGCCACCGGCAGCAGGUCUUAGGGACAAUUAACAGCAGCAGCAGCAUCUUCAGGAGCUCCCAUCCCAGAGAUGGUAAGGAAGUUGGACAACUGAUCAGAAAAAGAUUAUGGGGGCCAUUUGCUCACAGCGGGUGCAGCGGGUGUUGAAUGGCAACUCUAUUGCCCACAAGCAGUUCUGGGUUGCGGUACCGAGAAGAAGAAAAGCACUCGUGAUCAGUCACAAGGGAACGGGACCCUCACAGUUCCAGGACUAAGAGAAAUACUAAUACUUGUGGCUAAAGGGAGUAGAGACCUUUCCUGGGCACAAACCAGGAGAACAAUGGCCACAUCUCUCCCAAGACUGUACCACCUUAAAAGCACUGAAAACUUACAGACUCCCAGAACCAGCUCUGAAAACAGAUGCACUAAAAAAUGUGCCUUCCCACCCUCAGGUGAGCAGAGCCCAACUUUAACAUAAAAUUCAAAGUGAAGACACAGCCUGAAAAAAUGAGCAAACAAUUAAAAAUUUAACAGAACGUAACUGUAAAAAACUACUGUGGUGUCUGGGAAGACUAAGACAUGAACCCAAAAGAAGCCAACAAUGUAAAAACAACUACAAAUAAGGCCUCAAAGAAAAUGCUAAUUGAACCCUGGGCCAAUAAGAAUUCCUGGAAGCCUAAAAGAGACCAGAACGGCAGAGGAAUUUUUAAAAAAGAAAGUGGUAGAGGAAAAAUUAGGAAAAGAAAUGAGAGUGAUGCAAGAAAAUAUUAAAAGAGAAUUAGCUUGUUAAAAGAGGCACACAACAAAAAUGCUAAAGAAAAAGGUUUCUUAAAAAGCAGAAUUUACCUAAUGGGAAAAGAGGCACAAAAAUUCACUGAAGAAAAUAAAUUAUUUAAUUGGCAAAAUGGAAAAAGAGAUAAAAAACUCACUGAAGAAAAUAAUUAUUUAAAAAUUAGAAUUAGGCAAGUGUAAGCUAAUGACUCCAUGAGACUUAUAAUAAAAUUAAAUCAAAAGAAUGAACGAAAUAGAAGAAAAUGGGAAAUAUCUCAUUGGAAAAAUAACUAACCUGGAAAUAAUUCAAGAAGAGAUCACUUAACACAGAAGAAAAACAACUGCUUGAAUACAUGGGUCGAGGGGGAUAUAACUGGGGAUAUAAACUCUAAAUGAUCACCCUAGUGCAAACACCAACAGCAUGGAAAUAGGUUCUGAUCAAAGACACAAGUAAUGCCCAAUGAAAUUGCAUGUCGGCUACAGGAAGAGUGGCAGGAAGGGAGGGAGGGAAAUAUUGUGAUUCUUAUAGUCAAGGAAUAAUGUUCUAAAUUGACUAAAUAAAUUAAUUAAAAAAAU